AUGGGCACCUGUGAGCUUCUAGACUAUGCCACGGAGGGGUUUCUCGCUGCCCAUGAUGAUCUGCGCAGCGGUCAAAAAUCUCGAAGGACGAUUGAGAAAUGCGGCAAGGUCCUCAAUUUACUCCACAAUGCUCUCAAAGACUCACGACAAUUAAAAUCUCCGUACACACUGUGUGCCAUCUUUAUGCUCAUGAUUGCUGAAAUGUGGGUGUCCGAGUCGGCACAAAGUUACAUGAGCCACAUGCAAGGCAUCUGCACUUUGCUACACCAUACCAUUGACGAGCCAUGGCACGAUUCCUUUGGUCAAGACCUGCGCUACCACCUCAUAGUACCUGCUUGCAUCGAAGCUAUUAUAAAUCCCAACAUCCCCCAAAUUGAUUUACGAUAUCUCCAUAUUCUAAACACGCGUCUCGGGUGCUACCGACCGUUGGAUAAGGAAGAGGGCCAGGCGAUCGAGAGUCUAGACUUGCCAUAUCUGAUGCGCUUCUCGUGUUUCACCCGCCAGCCAGAGCUGCACGAAAAGGAGAUGGUCAGGGAAUACAAGCGGAUGCAGAUUGAGUGUCCGUUUGUGCGCCGGCGGCUGAUGGAUCUCACCAACAUGGCCAAAGCGACGAGGAAGACAAACACCGCUCUCGUCAGGGCACAGAUACAGAUGGGCGUGGCCUACACAAUGAUACUAAGCUUUACGCUUAUGAUCAAUGCCUUCAUCUCAGCCAUGGACCCGACAAGCAAAAGGCUUCAAGAAGAGGCCUUGCUCUAUGCGCGGGAAGCCAUCUGGAUUACACGCAUAUUGAGCAAACAGCUGCCUGUUGGGGCUGGCUUUAUGCCCGCAGCAUUAUUCGCGGCAUGGGUCGCCACAGACGACGACGAGGUUAUUGAAGGCAUUGAAUCGACCAUUAAGCAGCAUAAAAGCUACUGGGCGGAGCCGCAGUAUGUGGAGCACUUCACGACGUUGAAGAAGCGUGUCGGCAUUAUACGCAACAGAAGGCUGGUAGAGCUUCGCGCUGGUGGGCUGCGAGGUAUGGACGUAACGGCUUUUACAACGGCGAACGGCCCGGAAUACAAUCCAUGGGGCCGGGACGCGCCAUUCGUAGACACGAUGUCGCUACACAACGGCAACCCUCGGAUGAUGAUCUCGGGGGCGAGCUGUGUGCCGGAACCGGAAUCGGGGGCCCUUUACAAUUGGGACUUCAACUUCGCUGCCCUUGCUUUUAAUCAUGUAUAA